CUUUGCGUUUCAAAGACCAAGGUUCAACAGAAGGCUCAGUGUCGAGACUUGAGGGUCUUCAGAUUUACAUCGAAUGAAGAUCCGGUAAUGCUCUGGAACGGAUGACAGGCGAGGCUGAAGGAUAUUUGCCUGAUCUGCAGAACAAACAAAGCAACGAAGGCACGGAGGCCUUCUUCGACUGGCAUCUCGUGCCUCAACGCGAGCAGGCAUCGAAGUUGAUUGAUGAAAUCAAGCACCGAUACACCACCAUCUGCGAACUGGACGUGGAUUUGAUCGUCAACUGCCACCGAAUCAUGAGAGAGAAGAGCUUCAGAGAUCAACUUCCUUACGGGAGCAUCGUGCUCUUUAUGGAAUUUCUCCACGGUCGGGUGGUCGCAGGAUAGAACGACGAGCAGCAUAUGCGGGCGAUCGAGGGGAUACUCAAGGACCAUCCAGCUAACCAAAAAAAAAAAAAAAAAAAAAAAAUCAUCAAACUCCACACCCUUAUCCUAACAUAUCCCAUGAAACAAAAUUCAACCCAGCUUUGAUGGAGUAUAUUGCCAGCCAUCGCGAAAACCUAUAAUCAAUGCCAACAUCGUGCGAAGAGAAGGCCAGAGUGAUCAGAACUCGGCACGGUGGAACCCAGAUCCACGAAACUACCGAUGAGCUCAUGCUCAAACAGACGGUCUGCGUGAAUGUGAUCUCUUCAAAAGCCGAUGAGGAGCAAAUCUACAGCCUCUAAUGCGACCAAGUCGCUGCUGUAUUGGACCAUCGCAAAGCUGAGCUGGACGCGGCCAUCACAAAGAUUGACCUGAUGACGGGCGAAAAGAUUGCCGGGGUUUUGAGCAAUGUCGAGAUGGGGGCGGAGCGAGUGGUUAGUUCAGUGAAAGAGGAUAUUAUGCGUCAUUUGAGUACGCAACUGCCCAGAUUUUGUAUGGGAAUACAGCAAAUACAUUCACCCUCUAUAGCCCCAUCUUGAGCUCUAGGCCCUCUCCCUCACACCGCCACCCCAAAUCCUGAAGUGGUAAAUGGGUGUAGGUGCGGUGAGUGGGGUUGUGAAAUCAUCAGACAUCUCAUCACGUAACU